AUGACGUCGAAAGCUGAAACCGUUACUCCCUUAGAAGAGCUUCUUGAAAUAUGUGAUCGUGUAGUGAAAGGAGAGUUAUCUGCAGAAGCCGGUUAUAAUCUUGUGCGAACACUUAUGAAAACAGCUGAAGAUGUGCCAAGCUUGGUUGUUGAUGUUUUGGCCGUUUUCGAUCUUGAGCUGAGUACUGACAAAAAGAGAGAGGAUUGUCGGAAACGCUUCUUGGAUUUUGUAUUACAGCUUUCUAACCGAGUUUGUUUGCUUCCAGAUUGGAUUUUUGUAUUGUCUCUUGUUGUUUCUGGAAAAAAAGUGGAUAAUGUCGUAGCUGAAGAAAUAUUAAAAUGUGAGUUGGAUAUACUCGGUGCUAAUGAGCAGACGACGCGUUCACGCAUUGUCAAAACGAAAACAAGACUUUAUUUCAAGCAAGUGAAAUUUAAUUUAUUGCGUGAAGAAAGCGAAGGCUAUGCUAAACUCAUCACAGAACUUCUUGAUAAUUGGUCUCUUACUGUGCCGAAAGCUUUAAGUCGACUUUAUCAUCUCAUUGGACAGUUUAAUUUGGAUCCAAAUCGUGUAAUUGAUAUCAUCUUGGAAUGUUUUGAAGUAACAUUCGAAAGACGCAAGUUUUUUAUCGACUUGCUUGUCGAGUUUAAAGCAAAUGGCGAUGAUGUAUGCAGCAUUUUAGGAUUUAAAUUCACUUUUUAUCAGGUGCGUUUGGGUGAUACACCGGCAUCGCUGUACAAAAUAGCAGCCGCUUUAUGUGAUGAAAGAAUUAUAGAUUUGGCAUCACUGUGCGCAUUUUUGUCUCCAAAGCUUGAUGAUUUGAUGAGUGAUCACAAAAGUCGCGUUGAAAAGGAUGCUAAACUGGCUAAAAAAAGUGAAAUCGUGUCAACUGGAUUGACAUCAGUCGAUUCUAAAGUUUUGUCUGCUGGAACUGGAUACACAGAAGAAAGUAGCACUAUUUCAGGUGUAUCUUUCGCUUCAGUGGUGGCCAUGCAAAAUGCAGAUGAUCCUAAAAAGACCGAUGAAAAAGACAAUGAUGAUGCAGUGCUUGCUAGAAAUCAAAAGCUUGGUUUGACAUACGCUUUGCUAGAGGGAGGUGCCUGGCAAUUUGCGAAACAAAUGCUUGAUAGAUUACCUGAAUUCUAUGCUGUUAAUACCUCUCGUUUUAUAGCACUUUCAAUUGCGGAUUUACUGGAACGGUCUACAGAUGAUUUCUAUCAAGAGAAAUGCAAAGUCGCUUUGGGUGAUGUCAGUACAUUCAAUUCGGGAUCAUCAUUAGCUCAAACUCAUUCUCUCGAGAUUGUUGGGAGCUGGUCCGAACUAGUUUCUGUUGUUCUUCCAGUUUUAGCGUACCUCGGCCCACAUAUUGCUUAUCGGCCCAAAGCAGCCGUAAAGCUAGUACGUUUGAUGGCAGUAUUCUUUGAAGAAAAAGAGAAAGAACCUACUUGUGAUGAAACUGUUCAUGUUGAUAAAGUAACUAAUGCAUUGAUCGACGCUAUCGAUGAAACUUUGGUUCCUGCAUUAUCUUUAGCUAAUGGAAAUUUCGCAUAUUCGCAAGAGCUUUGGAAGUUGCUCAGUCAUUUGCCAUAUACAGUUCGAUAUCGAACUUAUGCGCGAUGGAAAACAAUUCAUACCGUUCGACAUUCACAAAUUAACAUUUGCCGUGGAAGUACUUUUGGCAUGACACGAUAUGUGUUGAAGCGGUUAUCGAAAGAAACAGUGCGCAUGAUGGGUCGACAACUGGGUAAACUGUGCCAUAAACAUCCUGCAGUUGUUUUCGAUUAUAUCUUAGAUCAAAUUCAAACGUUUGAAAAUUUGAUUGAACCAGUUGUGGAAUCGAUACGCUUUCUCAGUGAUCUAGAAUUUGAUGUCCUUUCUUUCUGCAUCAUUGAGCAUCUGGCAGCUCCUCAUAAACAACAGCUUAAGGCAUCAGAUGGAUCACUCUCUCCUUGGUUACAGUCACUUGCUGCUUUUGUCGGGAACGUUUUUUUAAGAUACAAUAUUGAAUUGACAGGAGUUUUACAGUAUGUAGCAAAUCAGUUAAAGAACAACAAGAGUUUUGAUUUAUUGGUGUUGCGGGAAAUCAUACAAAAUAUGUCGGGUAUAGAAUCUACAACAGGACUGACAACAGAUCAGUUAGAAGCGCUUGCUGGAGGCGAUACUUUGAGACAAGAGGCUGGUUCCUUCUCUACGACUCGUUCAAAUAGACGUGCUACAUUACGUCUUCGUGAUGCUUUGUUUAAUGACCAUCUGAUUGUUGGCCUUUCUAUACUUACUGCUCAGCAGCGUCAGUGCAUUGUGUUUACAGAAUCAUCAGAUAUCCCUCUUAAGCUUGCAGGUCAAAUGCUUGAUCAGUGUCAAGAAACUUUGGUCCAGUUUGGUUCGUUUCUGCGUUCAAAUGUACGACAGGAGGAAUACUGUUGUCGGAUGCCUUCUGUAUGGGAACUCAUUGGCCGUUUUCAUCUCACUGUAGAUGCUGCAUUUUUCAUUUCAAGACCAACCUUCAUGUACCGUGUCUAUAACAAUUUCGAUAAAAGCCGCAAAUCCUUUCGUGACUCGGAUGGUAGCAAAAUGAAGCUGGACUCAAAUCGAAAACUAAUGUUAUUCCGCAAUGCUUUCGAUGAGAUGAUUAACGAAUUAGAAUCUCAUCUCAAAACUCUUUUGCCUAAUUUUAUUUGGGCAGACAUUUCAUCCAAAAUAUUUACGAUAUCCUGGGUAUUGUGUAUGUACGAUAUUUCGGUCCCAAAAGCUAUCUAUGAGCGAGAAUUACAGCGUGUUCGCAAAGUACUAGUUUCAGUCGCAGAUAAUAAUGAAAUGAGCAAGACAAAGAGAGCUAAAGAAGAAGAACAGUUACGUAACACAGAAAAGAAGCUUGCCGAUGAAUUGAAAAAACAAAGUGAUCACGUGGAACGAAUUUUACACAUUUUAUUACAUGAUAAAGAGUUACUUUUCUCCGAUUGCAGUCCAAAACUUCGAGGUACACAGAUGGCUCGUUUCCUUCAGCACUGUAUCUUACCACGUGCAAUAUUUACUGAUAUGGAUGCAGCGUUUUGUGCACAGUUCAUUUUCUUGCUUCAUCAGCAACGCACUGGCUUUUUUCAAACUGUUUUCUUUUUUGACAAGUUAUUUAAUGACAUUGGCGCCAUACUAGCUGCGCUAUCAGAAAAUGAAGCAAAUUGUUUUGGACGAUUUUUAGCGCUUGUGCUAGAAACUGUGCAACGUUGGCAUGGAAAUAAAUCGCAUUUCGAAAAAGAAUGCUAUCGAUUUCCUGGCUUCAUGACUAAAUUACAUGUGAGAAAUUCAGAAGUUCCGAAUACGGAAAGUGUAAGCGAUGGAAUGAAUUACGAAUCUUAUAGAACUUUAUGUCACAAGUGGCAGUAUAGGAUGACCCGAUCGUGCCUUGCAAUUUUGGAUGGCUCAAAUUAUGUAAUGAUAAGAAAUUGCUUAAUCGUUAUGAUCAAGAUGUUGGCAAAUUUUCCCUUAAUAGAGAAUCAUAUUGCAAAUAUUGAAAAAACCGUCAAUAAAGUACAUGACACUGAAAAAGGUCGUAGAGAUGACCUUUCUCUGAUGGCUGCUUCUUACUCAGGGCACUUACGCAUGCGAAAGACGCAAACAUUCACUGAAUCUCAGUUUCACAAUAGACUGACCGAUAUGACGAAAAAAACGGCUCGCGUGAAUGUCGUGAGAGCGGCAGCUGGAACAGUUUCUGCAAAAAUUGUUACAAAAACUUCAGCGGACAACACAGAAUUGAGCAAGCAAAAAAAUGUGGAUGGAAAUGUUAGUGAAAGCCGGAAAUCAUUGAAUGGGUCUACGGAAGUACGCAAAGCUUUGCUUUCGACUGAUGAAAAGAAAAAAGCUUCAGAUGUCCAAGUUAUGGAGGUUAUAGCCAAAAGAAAAACAAAAAUAUCUGAUGGGGAAGAGAGAGUACAGAGUCAUAUUCAAAAAGGAAAUGAGGAGUCACAAUUACGUCGUAGUGAUGGUAGGAAGGAUCGAGAAAAAGAAGAAUCAAGAAUGGAAGAAGGUGAAGUGGGUUCGUCUCCUGCAAGUUCCCAUUCUGAAGCUUUUGCAUCUCACAAAAAGGCUCGAAGUAAUAAGUUGACAGAAGACGAAACAACGAAAAGAGAUAGAGAAAGAAAAAGUGAAGAGAAAAGAGAGCGUAAACGUGAAAAUGCAUCAUCUUUGACUCGUGGAAAAGCAAAAACUCCAGAAGAACAUUCAAAAACGCGAGAAAGAGCUUGGAAACGUCCUGCAGAACCAGCAGAUAACGAUGGAAAUCCCAAGAUUACACGGAAUGAAAUCAGCAGCAGUGGGUUGGAAAGAAAUACUGACUCAAAAGGUAUAAAAGCAUCUGAACAAAUAACCGCUCGCUCAACACGACACAGACGUGAUCCACACCGAACGUAAGC